UUAAAUACAGGUUUUGAAUUUAGAAACAAAAUUAAUAAAUACUUAUUUUUGAAAAUGAAGAACCUUUUAUAGCCCAAAAGCAAUAAAACACAAUUCUUGGAAUAAAGCAAAGGGUAGAAUAAGGAGAAUUAAACUAAAUAACUAGUCAAAAAUAUAUUAAAAACAAUAUGUCAGUAUAAUUUAUAGUAUAAAAGGCUCAAAAAUGGUUAUUUUUAUGGCAAGAUUAUUAACUAAACUGUUACAGGUGAAUCUGCUUUUCUUUUCGAUUCUGGCGAGUUUUACUAUGGUUAAUUUUGCAAAUGUUAACCUCAUGGUUAUGGUGUAUUGAUUAUGUAAAACGGGUCUAUCCUUAAGGGACAUUUUUUGAAUGGAACUAUAUACGGGAUGGGCUAAAUUGAAUUUGUUAAUAGAGAUAUUGUUAGAGGUACUUUUGAAAAUGGUGAGCUUGUAGGAGAACGCAUCAAAUAUAAUUAUAACUCUCGAUAAUGGACAUACAAGAGGUAUGGAGAGAGUAAUAAAGAGAAUGAUCUGAAGUAAACUAUAGAAGAUCAAUUCUAUUUUGAUUAAGUGUUAGCUGAUAAAUUAGGAGGUUAUAAAUUAAAUAGAGUUGAUGAAUCUAUCAUUAUAGGAACAAAAGAAUUAGGAUGCUACAUCAUUUGCAGAAAAGAUUUCUAUAAUAUUUAAAUAGGUUCAUUUAAUGAAUGUAUGAGAUUAAAUAACAAAGGUAAAAUAUUCUUUUAGAAUGGCGAUAUGUAUGAGGGGAAUUUUAAGGACUAAAAAUUUCAUGGAAAAGGCGUGUAUUAUAAUGGUUAAGAUAGUAACUGGAUUGUUGGUAUAUUUGAUUAAAAUUAAAUUGUUUAGGUCUUAUAGAGUGAUACAAGUUAUCCUCCUCCAUUCUAUCAAAAUGCAUUUAAAGAAGAAACAGGAGCUGUUGAUAUUUAAUUAUCUAUAAAAAACAAUUUUGCAACAAGUAAAUUAUAUAUAAAAUGCUUAUUUGGUAAAAAUAACCAACUCUAUCAAAGCAUGAAAGACGUCAAUUCACUUAAAAUAUAAGUCAGCUCAAGUAAAAGCUAUGAAUAGCCCUUAAUUAAUAGUGGAUAUGUUUAAAAUACUUAAGAUUAGUUAAGAAGCAUUUAGUUAAAGACUGAAUAACCACUUGAAGAAAUUCCUUUAAUUUAAGAUUAGUAGUUAUCUGAAAAGCAAAAAGAAAAAUCAAUUAAAGUAGAAUCUUUGUUGGGCUAAAAGUAAUUGUGUUCCUCGCUUCUCCAAAAAGAAAAUAUUGUAGAUAAUCAGAUAAAUAAAAAAGAAAAUAAAUAAAUGAAUAAAACUGAAUAAUAUCCAACAAGCAUUUACCAUAAUUUAGAGUAAAAAUACUAAAAAUUAGAUGAAAUUAUAGAAACAAAUCUAUAUUAAAAAUUUAAUAAAUCUGAAAAUCGCAGCUAAAUAGAAAGAAAAUCAUGCUUAAAGCAAAGAUCAAUAGUAGAUAAUGAAUCUGACGAUAAAUAAAAAUCACUUUAGACUUUUCUGAAACUAGAUAAGUCUUUAUAUAAACAGUAAUCUGAAACCUAAAAUUAGAAUAGUAAAUCUAAAUUUGAGGAAAGCUAGUCAAAAAACAAUAGAUAAAACUAAUUAUAGCCAUAAUUUAUUUAAAAACAAAUAGAACAGUAACUAUAAAUAAAAAUCAUAGAAAAUUCAAUUUCUAAAUCUAUUUAAGAUAUUAAGCCAAUCAGCUAGUUUUAAAAUUUGAAUUAAGCAAAUGUCAAUAUUUAGAGUUCAAAAAUUUCAGAUAAUAAAUCAUAAAUUGACAAGAAAAAUGAAAAUAAAGAAAAAAAUUUAUAAAUUAACUUACUGCAAGUAAAUACAAAAACAAAAUAAAACUAUAGGUAAGAAUAAAAAACACCAACUAUGAGCUUAGAAAAUAGAUAGAGUUUACAUAUACUUAAGACAGAAUCUAACAAUUAAAAUGAUUAUGUUUUAAAAACAGAGGCAAACUUUUAGAGUUAAAAUGCCAGACUUAGAAGCAAUAAUAGCUAUAGUAAAGCAAAUGGCUUAAAAGUACAUAUGAGAAAUCAUUCAGAAACUAUUAAAAAUAUGCUCUAGGGAAGAGAAAAUAGCCAAAAUUCUAGGAGUAACAGCAGCUAUAAAUCUCCAUCUUAAGAUCCUAAUCACAAAGAUUUUCUUAAUUCAAAUGGAGUCUAAGAAAUAAUACUAAGCAAUCAUACACACUUGUUUACAAGAGCUAAUUCAAAUAACAAUAUAAAAUAAUCAAGAGAUUCUUCAUCUCAUAAAGAAAGAUCCUCAAAAAAUAACUCUCAGUAUAAUAAUACAUAAGUGAAUACAAGAAAGGACUAAGAAUUUAACAUAGAAAAGAAAAGCAACUCUUCACAUGAUAUUAAUAAAUUGUUUAAAAAGCCUUCUUGCUUAUUAUACAGAUAAGGAUCUUCUGCCUCUAAUAAUUCAGUUGUCACUCAAUCUUCUACAGUAAAUAUAACAUAAAAUUUAAAUAAUAGUCCAGUCAAAGAAAAAACACUUUCAGCAAAAUUAAUCGAGAAAUCUUCAUCAACAUAAUCAAACUAAAAUUUGUUAAUUUAAAGGAACAAACUAAUAACUAAUUAUCAUUUAAAAAAUAAAAUUAUAUACAAAUGA